AUGACGAAACAAGUUCUCAUCUCCCUCUCACUCCUACUUCUCUUCUUCUUCCACUGCACCAAAACUACAGCACAAUCUCCAGCCCAAGCCGCAGCCGCCCCCACCAACGUCACCAAAAUUCUCGAAAAAGCCAGCGCCUUCAGCGUGUUCAUCCGUCUACUAAAGAGCACAUCCGUCAGUAUUCAGAUCGAGAACCAGCUCAACGUCUCCAACAGCUUGACCAUCUUCGCCCCAACAAACGUCGCUUUUUCCGCCCUCAAACCCGGCACUCUCAAUUCCCUCUCUACCGAACAAAAGGUCCAGCUCGUGCAAUACCAUAUUCUCCCUUCAUUCGUGUCCCUCCAGAACUUCCAAACUCUCAGCAACCCUGUACGGACGCAAGCCAGCAACACUCAUGACUACCCACUUAACGUCACGGUUGAAGGCAGUUGGGUGAAUAUAUCGACAGGAAUCGUGAACACCACAAUUUCCGCGACGGUUUAUGAGGACAAUCAGCUGGCUAUUUACAAGGUUGAUAAGGUGCUUCUUCCUCUUGGCCUUUUCGCUCCACGGCGGACAAGGGCCUCAGCGCCUGUGGCGGCGGCGGCGGCGGAAGCACCGGCGCCGACUUUUGCCGUUAGUCCUAAGGAGUUUCCCACUUCGUCAUUGCUUGCCCCAGCUGUUGCCGCGCUGCUGAAUGAUGCGUCUGGUGCUUUUAGUCUAAUGAUCAGUGCUAGAAAUGGCUUUUUUUCUGUUGGUGUUACUGUGUUUGGUGCGGUGAUUUCUCUUUUGGCUUAA